AUGACCUCGUCUACUGACUCGUCCGAGUACGGAUCCUCCUCAGAGGAGACCGAGUCCUCGGUUAGCCUAUCACCGGCCAAGAGGUCGAAGCCUCGCAAGUCCGUGAGGAAGGCCAAGAAGGGCAAGAGCCACAAGGCCAAGAAGGCCAAGUCUAGCAAGCAUGCUAAGACUGCCAAGACCAAGAAAUCCAAGCGGAAGAAGGAGAAGAAGUCUCGCAAGGAACAAACCACUGAUCCGGGUGGUGAUGGCUCCCGAAAGGAAAAGACCACCGGCUGGGGUGGGGACGAUUCCUGGUCGGCUUGGACUUCAGCCUCUUGGGGACAGCGUGGUUCGGGCGGGUCCCGUGGCUGGAAGUCAGAAAAAAAAAGAUGCCGCCCGUGGCUGGAAGUCAGGAGAAACAGAUGCCGCGGAUUCGAGAGCUGUUGGAGUCCCGGCUCUUGGCAAGGGUGGAAGCAGAAGCAGGGCUGGCCAAAGCCUGCGGCUAAGGCACAGAUCCAGCACCCUGGUGCUGGCUGGGGGGAUGAUCGAAAACGUCGCUGGGGGCAGGAUCCUGCCCCAGACGCCUGGACGGAUUACUGGCAGAUCGCCCGGCAAAACAAUGAGAAUGAUGAGUGGCGAGUGCAGUGCCCGGCAGGGGCUCGAGACGAGGGGAUUGUGCCAGUUCUCCUCACCCCCGAUGAAAAGGAGAUCGCUAGGUUCGUGGCGAAGGCUGGGGUCACUUGGUUCAGGGCCCCGGAGCAACAUGUCCGGUUGGAUGCCGGCACCGCUGAGCAGUUGCAAAUUUCCUGCCGAGAUGCAGGGGUAGCUGUUGGGCCGGAUGCGGCAGUGGCCAGGUCGGACUUGACCUACAUCCUAGGUCAGGACUUUGAAGUUGCAGUCCAUGUGGUGCUUUCGGCUCCGGUUGGAUUGCUGCCCAUCUUUGACCCCAUUAAGGCUAUUUUUCCUGAGGAGCUGGGGGCUAAAAGGACUUCCCGGAACGGGGAUCGUCGUGAAGAGGCUUUGAGGAAAGUUCGGAAGCUGGUGCUGGAUUUUGCCACCUUCUUUGACAUUGCUGAUCUCAUGGCUGAAGAUGAGGAAGGCGCUGACUCACUGGAAGCAGUGUUGGCUCCGAAAUCACCCCUAACGAUUUUGAAGCAUGUUGGCCCUGCCAGAACAUUCUGCGAGUGGUUGGUGAAGACAUCCCACUUGCCACCCUUCACGGAGCGUAUGUUGUGGUUUUUUGUGCAGUGUGUUCGCAAGAUGCAGAGGACUGCAGCUACUACGUUGGAUACCUCUUUGAAGGCGAUUAAAUGGUCCUACUACUCGUUGGGCUUAAAAGUCGCGUUGGAGGUCUUUGCUAGUCCAAGGCUGAGAGGAGCUAUUGCUCAGCAGUUGAGUUCCAAAAGCCCCUGGGAUCCGGCACCUCCGUUGCGGGUGUCGGAAGUGUUGCAGCUUCAUUCGAUUGCUGAGGACGAGUCGGUGUCCAUGAUUGAUAGAUGUGGGGCUGUGCAUUUCUUGGCUAUGUUGUAUGGUAGAGCAAGGUGCUCUGACUGUCGUUGCAUUCACUCCCUCGUGAUUGACAAGAACUCGCAGGGUUCAUGGGAUGAAUCUUUCAUCGAGUUGUCGACAGUGCAUCACAAGACUGCUCGACUGGAUGCCCAGCGUCGGCGACUCUUACCUAUUGUGAUUCCGGGUUUUGGUAUUGCUAGCAAGCCCUUCGGCGAGAUUUUCUGCUCUGUGAGAGCCAGUGCAGGUUUGCCCAUGGAGAUACUUGACGAGCCUUUCUUGCCGGCACCCUCCCCGACAGGCGAAUGGACUAAGGAGCCGUUGGAUUCUAGCGAAAUCACGAGGUGGCUUCGCUACCUUUUGCCUAGGCCGUCUGGCGAGAAGCCUCUUUCAAGUCACUCGCUCAAGGUGACACCAUUGUCGUGGUUCAGCAAGUUUGGAGGACCUCGGGAGGUUAAGCGGGUACUUGGCCACCAUUCUGAUGCUGCCACGGGCUCGGAUGCGGUGCAUGGCAGGGACGUCCAAAGUCCCGCCCUUCGUGAGUUUUCGGUGAUGCUCAGUGCUGUUCGAAGUCAAAAAUUUGAUCCAGAUAGCACCCGCAGUGGCAUGUUCCUUUCCGGCUGGACCAGGGAGUCCAUUAUCAAGGCUGCCGCUCUCCCGGUAGAGGCAGAAGCACAGGACAGCGAUGAUGGUUUGUUUGGAUACUGCACUGAAUGUAGUGUCGGAUGUAUCCGAUUCUGA